GAGAUUUGUGUCACGCUUAACGGCGUCCAUUCUGAGCUAGGCUUGCUCGACAAAGGUUCCGAAAUUGUCGUCAUACGGGAGGACAUCUGGAAGAAAACUAAGGCGCCGAUCAACAAAGAAGUUCGCAUGAGGAUGCAGACGGCAAACGGAGGGUCGCAGGAAAUGGCUGGAUGCAUAGAAAUGUUGGAAAUAGAAGUCGAGGGAAUUAGAACCUGGGCACACGCAUAUGUAGUACCCAACGCACCUUACCGCUUACUUCUGGGAUGGCCUUGGCAGCGGCUAGUAUGUUUAUCAAAGGUCGAGGAUACUAACGGUGUACAGGUCUCAGUACACGACCCC